AUGCACCAGAGCCGCGACCCAACAUUCCCCACAUUACCCUGGCUGCGAACUACAUGCAAUAUCGACAACCCCCCACUACCUACUAUUCCCACUCCCACCACCACCACCACCACCAUCACGAACACCACCGUCGUCGCCGCUGAGAUGCCAUUGAUGACGAUGCCCUUCCGAACACUUGUGCGCAGACUCCCGCGGCAGGGUGGUGGUGGUGCGCUGAGCAUGAGCAUGAGAUUUUGCGGUGGCGGUAGCAGUAGCAGUAGCAGUAGCACGUUGAGGCGCUGCUACGCAAUUGGAGGUGGAAACGCUGGCUUGGGGGGCAGCAGCAUGUACAUAAAAGGCGCUCUCAGCCUGCACAGCUCCCGCUUCCACAGCAGCACCUCCACCCCCACCCCCACACCCACGCCCACACCCUUACCGCCAGUGCAGAAGCAGAAGAAAAAGCUAUCCAAGAUCCUCCCCGCGCUCACCCCGCACGAGAAUAUCUAUAACCUGCCCAACAUCCUGACCUUCUCGCGCCUGCUGGCGUCGCCCGUGAUUGGAUACCUUGUGCUGCACGACCAGCCCGCGGCCGCGCUGGGCCUGUUUGCCGCGGCGGGGCUCACAGACCUCGUUGAUGGGUGGAUCGCGCGGCGCUGGAAGCUCCAGACCGUGGUCGGCAGUGUUAUAGACCCCAUGGCGGAUAAGGUGCUGAUGACGGUGCUGACCGUCACGUUGGCUAUGCAGGGGCUUCUGCCUGUGUGGAUCGCAGCGGUCAUCCUCGGCCGCGAUGUCGGGCUGGCCAUAUCGGCGAUAUACUUCCGCUGGAUCUCGCUCCCGCCGCCAAAGACCAUGGUGCGCUACUGGGACUUUUCGCUGCCGAGCGCGGAGGUGCACCCCACGACGAUCAGUAAGCUGAACACGGCGCUGCAGCUGGGGUUGGUGGGCGCGUGUAUGGCGCAUCCGCUGGUGGGGGCGGGGGCGGGCGCGGCGGAUCUAGAGAUAGCGUUGCAGGCGCUACAGUAUACGGUGGCCACGACGACGGUGUGGAGUGGGCUGUCGUAUGUGUAUUCGAAGGACGCGGUCAAGAUCUUGAAGCAGCCGGGGGUUGGGGCGGUGGAGGAGAAGAAGGAGGAGGGGAAGUUGUAG